AUGCCUCGGGCCAGUACAACUCCUAGCGCGCGACUUCGCUGCCGGAGAGCUUGCGACAGCUGUAAACGGAGGAAGCAGAAAUGCAACGGAGAACAACCGUGUACGAUCUGCGUCCAGCGGCGCAAAGAAUCAGAAUGCAACUUCUCCGACAUACCGGCGCGCUUGCUGAAGCCGAAUGGCUCCAAAGAAGCCAUGCUUCUGACCGAACACAUGGUGUCCACUCCACAGCGACAGACGGCCAUGGAUUGCUUAUUGAACGCUCUGGAGGAUCAUAGCGCGGACAUGGAACAGCGAACGACAGACGACAAGGAUGGGACGGCACCGGUGCCCAAGGUAGCCAGGCUGCUUCGCGAUGGUCAGGGGAAGUUUAUGUACAUCGGUGACUCUGCGAGCUUGUCCUUCCUACAAAGUGUACGGCGCAUUGUAUCGUUGUCAAUCGGACGCUGCGAGUUCACUGAAGAUACCUCGCGGCAUUCGAUGCUCGAGGCUUUCCAGAAUAGUCCCGCCACUCAAACAGGAGCUUUAGUCCCACCACCAAGCAAUGACGAGGCACAGCGGCUGGCCCGCCAGUACGUCCUUGCUACCAGCCCGUUGAUGGAUCUAUUCGACCUCGAAGAGUUUCAUCCGCGUCUUGCCAGCUGGGUUGGCAACACGACGGGCGAUGAAGACACUGUCAGCUCGACAUUCUACCUUGUUCUCGCCAUUGGAGUUCAAGUGUCCGAGAUCAACCAGGAUCUCGCCGAACAGUACUUUGUCAGUGGGCGCCAACUAGCAUUCUCGGCCAUCACCGAAACCCCCAGCCUUUACACGAUACAAUCCUAUAUCUUGAUCUCAAUGUAUAUGCUUGGUGCUUGCAGGCGCAAUGGCGCCUUCAUGAAUUUGGGGAUUGCGUUACGGGCUGCAUAUGCGGUUGGAAUUCACAGAAAGGAUGCAAAUGCCUUGUUCUGCACUCGGGAGCGACGAGCUCGUGAACGUGUGUGGAAAAGCCUACGGAUGAUGGAUCUAUAUCUCAGCGCUUCUCUUGGAAGGCCCCCAGCGACGUCAGACUUCGAUUUCGACGUACGUGACAGCGCCAUGAGCCCCGGGGAACAACAGCGUCUACAACCCGAAGAACAACUAUCUCAAUGUGUGGUUGCAUUGUGCAGUAUCUUCGAUCAUAUCCUGACAGAAGUCUACAUGAGACGGGUCGUCUCGAUCAAUGUCGCGGAAACGAUUUCUAAUCAGCAUCGCACCUGGGUCCGGAAUCUGCCCCUGUUUCUGAGCGUGCAAACGGAGCGGCUGAAUUCAAAUAACCUAGAGAGUACGUUGGCAGCAGCGCAUAUAUUCAGCUCAUAUUACUGGUCGAUUAUCCUAUUGACUCGGCCCUUUUUCAUCUUCCGCGUGUCUCAAUACGUGAGGAGUAAGAAUGAUACGGUCGCAAGUGCCAGCGACCCGAAAACCAGCACCUCCCGCAUCGCACUGUUCGCCGAUGCGUGCGUCUAUUCUGCGCUCCGCUGCCUCAAUAUCGUCGACGACCUGUCACGGUUCGAGGAUCUACCUCGAAAAUUGCCUUUUCUGAUCAAUUCUGUUUUCAACUCGUCCGUCGUACUUGGGGCAGCAUUCUUUGCUGAAUAUGAUAAUCUUCUUCCCUUGGAAGAGGGAAUGGACAAGGCUGAGAAGUUCUUAGGACUCUUUGUACCACACGAUCCCCAUGCAUGUCGCUUUUAUCAGAUUAUCAAGUACUUAAGAGGCGCGGUGGCUGAGUAUGUCCGUCGUCGGAAUCGCCAAUGGAUGGAACGCCGCAGUAGACAGGUCGAUCAGCUCUUUGGCCAGGUAGGCGUUUCGAACGAAUCUCCAGCGUCCAGUGACAACUUGAGGUACAACCGCGGCGGUGACCAUCCCGCUCCCUCCCCACUGUCACCGGAGAAGCUCGCCGCGGGUUCUUUAUCCGUCCAGGCUCCGGAGCCUACAGUUGCCACAAACUACCCAGGGAAUGAUCUAUGGAAUGCCCUUUGUGGCACCAAUCCCACAGCAGCAUUACCCUACGAUAGUGCUAUUUCGACCCUGACAACCACGGGAAUGCCCAUUGGCUGUUCACCGGGAGGUACCAUCUCGGUUGGUCAGCUGGGGAUACCGUCCGAGGGAGGAGGCCAAACACCCCUGUCGGACGUGAUCUUUCCAGAAAAUGGUCUGCUUUAUAUGGCGGAAGAUCUUCCGGUGUUUGGUCUUUGGGGAGAGACAUGA